UCCCACGAUUUUCCUCCCCCUUUUCAAACAUAGCCGCCCCCUCCACCCACCCACUCGAUUUUCCUUCUUCUUCUCCUACACCCACCGGCUGUUGACCUCCUCCCUCCUUCCUCCUUCCUCCUUCAACUGUUGUCGGUCCCCCACUUCUCCCAUAACCACUGCACCCCCUCUCUGACGUUUUCCUUUUCCCUUCUCCAACCGUUGUCAGCCUCCACCUCUCCCACAGCUACAAAUGUUGCACCGUUUCUCCACAUUUUCCCAGAGCCGCUACCACCUCCUCCGAUCUCCCACAUCCGUCGCCGUCCCCAUCCCUUGUCUCACAUGCUCACAACCUUACAAUUUCCCUCUUUCUCCUAUAGCCAUGCAUACAACGCUUCUUCUUCUCAAUAGUUGUCGACAUUAUCCCAUCACACGCUCACUAAAGUUUGGAUUUAAAUUGAUUCAUUUUACAUCAACGAUGAAUAAGGAUUGGAUUAAACUUAGAGAUAGAUUCUCAAAAGAGUAUAUUGAUGGAGUCGUACAAUUCGUGGAAGCGGCAAAGCAUCAUGUAAAUAGAGAAGGACAAACAAGAUGCCCGUGUAAAAAUUCUCACAAUGCAAUGUUUCAAACUUUAGCUUCUUUAGUUGAUCAUGGACUAGUAGAUGACAUAUUAAGGGAACAACCUACUACUGAGAAUGAUGACAAUGAGUUGUUCAAACUUUUAAAUGAUUUGCAAGGACCAAAGAAAGAAGGGGCAUAUGGUGAAGAUGAAAAAGACUUUAGAAAUGAGAUGCAUGAGAACACUGGACAAUGGUAUACUACAAACAUUUUUUAGGAGUUGAUAGAUGAAGCGUGUAAUCCUUUAUACUUGGGUUGUACCAAUUUUUCUUUAUUAAACUUGGUGAAAUUGAUGCAUGUUAAGGUUCUCAAUAUUUGGAGUAACAAAUCUUUUAAUUUAUUACUAAGUUUGUUGAAAGAUGCAUUUCCAAUUGAUACAUGUAUACCAAAUUCUUUUUAUGAAGCUAAAAGAAAAUUA